CCGACGACCGGAGAGCCCGAGAGAGGGAGACCCUGGCGGCGGCGCCCGCCCCUCUGUGCGCCUCCUGCGGUGCUCGGGGGCGGCAUGUCCGAGGCCGGCGGGGCCGGGCCGGGCGGCUGCGGGCCGGGGAACGGGCCCGGGACGCUGCCCCCGCAGCCGGCCGCGCCGCCGCCCGCGCCCCCGCAGGGCUGCUCCUCGGGGGCCGCGGGCUCGGGCGCCUGCGGUCCGGCGACGGCUGUGGCUGCGGCGGGCACGGCCGAAGGACCGGGAGGCGGCGGCUCGGCCCGGAUCGCCGUCAAGAAGGCGCAGCUGCGCUCCGCUCCGCGGGCCAAGAAACUGGAGAAACUCGGAGUGUACUCCGCCUGCAAGGCUGAGGAGUCCUGUAAAUGUAAUGGCUGGAAAAACCCCAACCCCUCCCCCACCCCUCCGAGAGCCGACCUGCAGCACAUCAUUGUGAGUCUGACAGAGUCCUGUCGGAGUUGUAGCCAUGCCCUAGCCGCUCAUGUUUCCCACCUGGAGAAUGUGUCAGAAGAAGAAAUGAACAGACUCCUGGGGAUAGUGUUGGAUGUGGAAUAUCUCUUUACCUGUGUCCACAAGGAGGAAGAUGCAGAUACAAAGCAAGUUUAUUUCUACUUAUUUAAGCUCUUGAGAAAAUCUAUUUUACAAAGAGGAAAACCUGUAGUUGAAGGCUCUUUGGAGAAGAAACCCCCGUUUGAAAAGCCUAGUAUUGAGCAGGGCGUGAAUAACUUUGUACAGUACAAGUUUAGUCACCUGCCAUCUAAAGAAAGGCAAACUAUAGUGGAGCUGGCAAAAAUGUUCCUAAACCGCAUCAACUAUUGGCAUCUGGAGGCACCAUCUCAACGCAGACUGCGCUCUCCCAAUGACGAUAUUUCUGGAUACAAAGAGAACUAUACAAGGUGGCUGUGUUACUGCAAUGUGCCACAGUUCUGUGACAGUCUACCUCGGUAUGAAACCACGCAGGUGUUUGGGAGGACGUUGCUGCGCUCAGUCUUCACCGUGAUGAGGAGACAACUCCUGGAACAAGCAAGACAGGAAAAAGACAAACUGCCUCUUGAAAAACGAACCCUGAUCCUCACCCAUUUCCCAAAAUUUCUGUCCAUGUUAGAAGAAGAAGUUUAUAGUCAAAACUCUCCUAUCUGGGAUCAGGAUUUUCUCUCAGCGUCUUCCAGAAUCAACCAACUAGGAAUCCAAACAGUUAUCAGUCCGCCUCCUGUGGCCAGGACAGUUUCCUACAAUUCAAACUCACCUUCCCUUGAGCAGCCUAAUGGAGGGAAUGGCAGUCCUGCCUGCAAAGCUGCUUCUGGGCUAGAGGCAAACCCAGGAGAAAAGAGGAAAAUGAAUGAUUCUCAUGUCUUGGAGGAAGCCAAGAAACAUCGAGUCAUGGGGGAUAUUCCAAUGGAAUUAAUCCAUGAGGUGAUGUCCACCAUUACGGACCCCACAGCGAUGCUCGGACCGGAGACCAAUUUUCUGUCAGCCCAUUCAGCCCGGGAUGAGGCAGCCAGGCUUGAAGAGCGCAGGGGUGUCAUUGAGUUUCACGUGGUUGGCAAUUCCCUGAACCAGAAACCCAACAAGAGGAUCCUGAUGUGGCUGGUCGGCCUGCAGAACGUGUUCUCCCACCAGCUUCCGCGCAUGCCCAAGGAGUAUAUCACGCGGCUGGUCUUUGACCCGAAACACAAAACCCUCGCUUUAAUUAAAGAUGGCCGCGUCAUUGGUGGCAUCUGCUUCCGCAUGUUCCCGUCGCAGGGCUUCACGGAGAUUGUGUUCUGUGCUGUGACCUCCAAUGAGCAGGUCAAGGGCUAUGGAACUCAUCUGAUGAAUCAUUUGAAAGAAUAUCAUAUAAAACAUGACAUCCUGAACUUCCUCACGUAUGCAGAUGAAUAUGCCAUUGGGUACUUUAAGAAGCAGGGUUUCUCCAAGGAAAUUAAAAUACCUAAAUCCAAAUAUGUUGGCUACAUUAAGGAUUAUGAAGGAGCCACUUUAAUGGGGUGCGAGCUGAAUCCUCAGAUCCCAUAUACAGAAUUUUCUGUCAUCAUUAAAAAGCAGAAAGAGAUAAUUAAAAAGCUGAUAGAAAGAAAGCAGGCCCAGAUUCGGAAAGUUUACCCUGGACUUUCAUGUUUUAAAGAUGGAGUUCGGCAAAUUCCUAUAGAAAGCAUUCCUGGAAUUAGAGAGACGGGCUGGAAGCCGAGUGGAAAGGAGAAAAGUAAGGAGCCCAAAGACCCCGACCAGCUUUAUAGCACGCUGAAGAGCAUCCUUCAGCAGGUCAAGAGUCAUCAGAGCGCUUGGCCUUUCAUGGAACCUGUGAAGAGAACAGACGCUCCGGGAUAUUAUGAAGUUAUAAGGUUUCCCAUGGAUCUGAAAACCAUGAGUGAACGCCUCAAGAAUAGGUACUACGUGUCUAAGAAAUUAUUCAUGGCGGACUUACAGCGAGUCUUCACCAAUUGCAAGGAGUACAACCCCCCUGAGAGCGAAUACUACAAGUGUGCCAAUAUCCUGGAGAAAUUCUUCUUCAGUAAAAUUAAGGAAGCUGGAUUAAUAGACAAGUGAUAUUUUCCCCCUCUGCUUCUUAGAACCCAAGCAGUGUGCCUAGUGCAAGGGUAUUUAGUUUUACAAAGAAUUGGGCAAAAUGUAUUGAAAAGACUUGUAAAUGUGAUAAUUAGCACUUUUGUAAAACAAACAAAAAAAAACCUCCUUUUAGCUGUUCAGAUAUAUAUUUAAAUUGACAUAGAACAUUUUUAUUUUAUGGAAUAGAUUUUAAUCUAUUUACUACUAUUAAUGUAAAUUUUCUAUGGCAUGUUCACUAGACAACUCUUACAAGAUCAGGGGUUUCCUCAAAACAUGUAUGUGAGGAACUUGCACAUUGUUUGAAGACUGGGGGAGUCGAGAUUUUCAGACCAUGAAUGUUUCCAUUUUUUUCUAAUGGAAUGGGAGAGUCUAUUUUUAUUUUAUUGUGAAGGACUUUAAAGGAAGGGAUACAUAAUUUAAAAAAAAAAAACCUGUAAAAGGUGAAAUGCAUUUGAAGUCUAACUGUAGACUUAUAUAUAUAUAUUUUAAAAACACUCAUUUAAAUGAGGUGCUCUGAGCAGUUCUGAAAAAUGCAGCUCCACAGAAGCAACUAACUGCUUGUAUUCCUGAAGAAAUUCUAAAUAAUGCAAAAUUUUUGUAAGUAUCUGGAUUUUUGAUAAUUCUGUCUACCUACAGCAAGCUUGUGAAUUCAUAACCACUAUUUUAAUAAUUAUUUUCUCUACACAAAUGUUUAAUAUAGUAUUUGACUGUUCUUAUGCAGGCCAUAAGUUCCACAAGAUAAUUUCCCAGGCCACCAAGGCGUAAAUUUGAAAACACUUGAGAUUUAUUCCACAUAUUUUAAUAGGGAAAGAUGUAAUGUUUACACAUGUUAAUAUGAUGAAUCCUUUUCUAAUAAAUAAGGAUUUAUUUCUUUAAUGUGCACAAGUCCAUCGCUAAAAUAUCUAUGAACUUUCAUUUUCAUCUCCCAAUUUUGUUUAUCGUCAGAGGUGAAUUUCUACCAAGACUUUCUUACAAAACUUUAAUACGUACAUUGCUAAAUAGAUCUAAUGUGACAUGACUAAAAUCUAUUUACAACCUGUUAUUAACCUGUCUUUGGCUUAUUUCCUAAUGACACUACAAAGAAAAGUGGGAAUUCUGCCAUUCCAAGUCUGGGAAAAUCAACUAUUACCCAACUAUAGACAUGCCGGCCAUCUUGAUGGUCUUGACACUAAUUUUUAUGAUGCAAAUUUAUAAACUGAUUUUUUUUAAAGACAGACUUUUAAAAAUGCAUCUGUCUGGAUGUUUUCUAUCAGCAUAAAGAAAUAAAAAUGACAAAUAAUCAUCACUUAAAGUAAUCACCAUUAACAAUCUGUGUCAAGGGGAAAAAAACCCUCUACAAAUGGCUGUGAAGUUGAAGUGUUGUUUUUGAUACAAACAAAAUAUUCAGAAUGCUCACAAGGAAAAAUGCCUCACUUUUUAUGAGUAUAAGCAACUGUCUUCAGCAGUGUCUAGAUUCUAUGAAGAAUGAUGACACAGUUUGGAUUAAGUUAUUGUGGACUGGUUUUUAACCGUAUUUGGUUCCGGAUCUGCCGAAGCACCUGUCCAGCUUGGUAUCCUGUGAAAGUUUGUUAUUUUCUCAGUAGACAUUCUUAAAGAAUAUUGUCUUUAAAAUGAGAUUGUCUCUUCUAUAUUGAAAGCAUUUUUAUGUUUUCUAAUUUAAAAAUUAAUAUUUUCUUAUAGAUAUUGUGCAAUAAAGCUGAAGUAGAAUGUGGUUUUGCAAAUGCUUUAACAGCUGAUAAAAUUUUACAUUUGUAAAAUUAAUAUAUUGUACUGGUACAAAAUAGUUUUAAAUUAUAUUUUAAAAAGCUCCCAA